UCGAAGGCACACCAAAAAAUUGGUUUCUUUUAAUCAAAAGAAAUUCCAGAAGCUCGGAGAGAGGCUUGACUUUUGGACUGUUGCCGCGCCCUCCACCUUCGUCUCCUCGACAACGAGACACCAACGCGAUAGAGAUCGCGCGUCUUAUGCCACGUUUGAUAACUUCUUCCCUGAUCCAAUAUUUGAACCAUUUCUCUGUUACUAAACCGCACUUCAGACUCUAGAGCAAAAGAGAGAGAGAGAGAAGGAGAGCUAUGGAGCCUGGGAAAAUUGCGGACGUCUACCCAUUGACCUCCUACUACUUCGGCUCCAAGGAACCAAAGAAAGAGAAGGACGAGUUCUUGUCGGACAGGAUCCUCAGGAUGAAAUCCAAUUUUAUGAGAGAUGGAUUGAGAAGAUGCGUGGAGGGGAUAAUUCUGGUCGAGCAGUUCAAACAUCCUCAUGUGUUGGUUCUGCAAGUAAGAAAUUCUUUCUUCAGGCUGCCUGGUGGCCGUCUAAGGCCUGGUGAAACAGAAAUUGAAGGAUUAAAGCGCAAGUUAUCAAGCAAGCUCUCUCCUGAUACGGUUGACCCAGAGAAGGAGUGGCAGGUAGAAGAAUGCGUUGGCAUGUGGUGGAGGACUGGUUAUGAUACCAUCAUGCUUCCUUAUUGCCCAUCUCACGCAAAGAUGCCAAAGGAAUGCUUGAAAUUGUUCUUGGUUAAGCACUCUGCAAGUCAGACAUUGAAAGUUCCUAAAAACAUGAAGUUACUUGCAGUUCCACUCUUCCAGCUUCAUGACAACGCCAAGACUUAUGGCCCCAUAAUUUCCAGCAUACCAGAACUUCUAUCGAGAUUCUCUCUCAAUUUCAUCUGCAAUUGAAUAUGCUGCUCAAAGAUCUCUAGGAGAUUGGCUUCACUUUGUGGAUACUACGUGUAGUAAUAUGUUCUGUACCCUAAUUCGGACCUUCCGAAUUGUGUAAUGAUAUGCUGUCACCAUAUAAGCAAAUAAAUGUUAUGAUCUUUCGA